AUGCCUCGCUAUACUUCUAUUCUCCUGGGACUUGCCGCUCUGUCGAAGUGCGUGGCUGGAAUUAGCGCUCUGAGGUCCCCUUUCAAUCGAGACCUACAACUCUCUGCAGAUCUCGGGCUUGACCCGAAUAUUCUCCUUGAAGACCCUGUGAAGUUUCGCAGUCUCGUGGCCAAUUUUGCCGAUGCUGUGGUGGAGAUUGAAUAUGCUGAGAUCCCUAUCGAUCACACCAACCAUUCAGUUGGGACAUAUCGUAAUCGCUUCUGGGCGAGCACCGACGACUACGUGUCGGGUGGACCCGUGAUAGUAUACGAUGUUGGCGAAUCGAAUGCUGAAAAUUUAGCCCCUGUUCUUCUCACCAAUUCCUCCUCGUUCUUCAAACAGAUGUUGUCUGAUUUUGGAGCCGUCGGGAUUGUCUGGGAGCACCGAUACUACGGAGACUCUCUCCCCUUCCCAGUCAACUUGGAUACCCCUGCAGAGCACUUCCAGUACUUGACAGUGAAACAAGCUUUGGCCGAUUUGCCCCAUUUCGCCAAAAGCUUCAGCCGUGGUGACCUGCCGGAUGAGGAUUUGACGCCCACAGCGACCCCUUGGGUGAUGGUCGGUGGCUCGUACUCCGGCGUACGCGCUGCCUUCACCCGCGACGAAUAUCCGGACACGAUCUACGCGGCGUGGGCAUCGUCAGCCCCGGUAGAGGCUCGUAUCAAUAUGGGCGCAUACUGGGAGCAGGUGUACCGGGGCAUGAAUGCAUACCAGUACGGCAACUGCAGCCAAGACAUUCACGCGGCGCUCUCGUACAUUGACCAGCAGCUCUCCCAGAAUGAGACCGCUGCCGCUCUGAAACAGCUAUUUUUUGGUCCCGGCGCGGAGCAGAACAGCAACGGCGACUUCACCUCUGCCCUCGCUGGCGUAUUUGGCUUCUUCCAGAGCUACGGCAUGGACGGCGGGCAGGGCAGCCUCGGCGAUCUCUGCAACUAUCUCGAGACCGACCCCAAUGCCAACAGCACGGCAACGAAGAUUGCAGGCCCCGACGGCUUCGCCCCGAUCUACGGUGCCAAACACGUUGCCGAACGCUGGGCUUCGUGGCCCAUAUUCACUCAGCUGGUUAACGCCAACUUUGACACCAACUGCCGCGGGCUAGAUCCAUCGGAGCCUUCUUCCUGCGACCUGGGCACCCGAUACACUGACAUAGAUACCAUCUCGUGGACGUGGCAGUACUGCUCGGAAUGGGGGUACUUCCAGGCGACGAAUGGAGGCGAGCAUGCGCUCCUCUCCUCUUACCAAUCGCUCGAGUACGAGGAAGAGAUCUGUUACCGUCAGUUUCCGGACGGGGUGAAGAGCGGGUUUUUACCCCCUCACCCGCGAGCCAACGAGCUCAAUUCCCAGACAGGCGGAUGGACCAUCCGCCCAUCUAACGUCUACUGGAGUGGCGGCCAGUUUGAUCCGUGGCGGACGCUCUCUACGCUGUCCACGGAGGCGUUUGCGCCGCAAGACGUGGCUUUUACGACCGAGAUCCCAACAUGCGGCGAGCAGACAGCGGAAAGCACACUUUUCGGGUAUAUCAUGGACAAUGCAGAGCAUUGCUUUGACUUCCGGUCGUCCUUUGAGGGGGGGGAUGUCUCGAGAGGUUACUUUACCGACGCUUUGGCUGAAUGGCUGGAAUGCUUCCACACUGAUACCUGA